AUGUUGCCCUCGAUACUGCCUCUAUAUCUGCUAGCCAGCGCAGUCGCUGCUCUGGGACGGGAAGGGCUCGACUCGACGGCUGCGCUUAAUGACACCUUGUCAAGAGCAGCUCGUUCAUCUCUGCGGCGUGUGAGCUGGUCAAAAUACUCGCACUUGACCUACGCCUUCGCAAUAACGACCCCUGAUGCCAACACUCUCGCCCUGGAUGCUUCUGACGAGGAGCUGCUUCCACAGUUCGUGUCGACUGCCCACCAAAACGGUGUCAAGGCAAGCCUUUCCAUUGGUGGCUGGACAGGUUCUCGUUACUUCUCUUCGAAUGUUGGGUCAGCCAGGAACAGGACGGCAUUUGUGAAGACCGUUACCGAUGUUGCAACGAAGUAUAGCCUGGACGGGUUAGACUUCGACUGGGAGUUUCCAGGCGUUCAGGGAAUAGGCUGCAACCUCGUCAACGCAAGCGACACUGACAAUUUCCUCGCCUUCCUGCAACAGCUCCGAAACACCACCAUUGGCAAAAGCCUAAUUUUAUCAGUAGCAACCUAUGUCACACCCUGGGUCGAUCCAACCGGUUCGCCCUCCGCCAAUAUCUCGGAGUUCAGCAAGGUGCUCGAUUACAUGGCAAUCAUGAAUUACGACGUCAAGUCGAACCCGUCCGUUGGUGCGGGUCCUCACUCGCCCCUGGACGACUCCUGCGCACCUGUAGGAGCGCGGUUCGGGUCCGCGACGUCCGCUGUGGAUGCCUGGACGGCAGCGGGGAUGCCUAAAGACCAGAUCGUCCUUGGGGUGCCUGCGUACGGGCACUCGUUCGUCGUCCCUUCGGGCGAAAUGAGUGGGAGCUCGGACAACGGAUCAACGUCUAUCGCGGCGCUUCAGGGGUACCCCAGGUACGAAGCGGGUGUUAAACGUCGUGGUGAUAGGUGGGACGGAGAAGGAGGGCUGGAUGUAUGCGGUGCCACGGUCGGUCCUGGGGGCGUUUACACCUACUGGGGCUUGAUCGAAGAGGGUUUCCUAAACGACGACGGGUCAGUGGCGAGCGGAGUGAAGUCGCGGUUCGAUGAGUGCAGCCAGACGCCAUUCUUGUAUAACGCGACUGCGGGCGUUCACGUGUCGUACGACAACCUAGAGUCGUAUGCGAUCAAAGGAGGGUUCGUCCAUUUAAUGGGGCUGAAGGGGUUUGCGAUGUGGGAGGCAGGUGGUGACUUCAAGGACGCGUUGCUGGAUUCUAUCCUGAACGCGACCCAGAAUGGUGGCCCGCCAACGGACAAGUCCCAAAGCACGUCGACUUCGUCCUCCCUCCCGCGCCUUCCUUUCGUGUCUGGCCAAUUCAUAUGGCGCCACCUUCACCUGCUUUCUUUGGGACUAGGCUCCUGGUUUCUGUGA